UGUGUGACCGAGAGCCGACCGAGAUAAUCUAACCGAACCAAACCAACGUGCAAUGAAUAAUGAAUGAUAAUGCAAUGCAGUUGUUUAGCAGACUUACACAUUUUUGUCUCCUCCGGUUUUAACGAUAAUGCCUUAAAAAUGAUUAUGAUUAGGCCUAUAACCUACAAUAUGGAUAAUGUCAAGCAUACAAUCUAAGUAGGCCUAGCCCAAUUUCCAAUAUGAGUGCUAGAGACGGACGGGGGAAAGGCAACCCUUGGCGAGGGAGAGGCAACCAGCCACAGAAUAAUCGCAGCAAUGAUGCCAACAGAAAUGCUGCGGCUGAAGAUAAGUUUAAAAAGGCAAAGAUGCACAUGCAACAAGCCGUGGAUAAACACAAAUCAACAGGCUACGAAUCGUCAUCUGAGGAAGAGGAUCUGGAGUGCAACAAUAUUUUAGGAUCAGUUUUAAAAUCCUACGCCUCUUUGGGAGGAACUAAUGAAGACCUUGGUCGAACUCAAAACUUUCUCGAAGACGCAUUCCAGUCAGGAGCGGCGAUCUGUUUGGUCUGCAUUGCCACAGUCAGGAGAAAUGAUUCUAUAUGGAGCUGUAAUAACUGUUGGGGCUUCUUCCACCUGCAAUGUAUCCAGAGAUGGGCCAAGGACUCUGUUGCUCACCAGAAGGCAGCUCUAGAUGACAGACCACGGGGUCAGUCUCUGCCUCACAUCACUUGGGCAUGUCCAAAGUGCCGAGAGGGCUAUGAGCAGACGGACAUCCCUUUCCGAUACUUCUGUUUCUGUGGACGAGCGGAGGACCCGGUGUAUCACCCGUGGUUGGUGCCGCACUCUUGUGGCGAGACUUGCAACAAACCCCUCAGUCCGGCUUGUGGCCACCACUGUCUACUGUUGUGUCACCCAGGGCCAUGUCCGCCUUGCCCCAAGACAGUGAAGACUGCGUGCCACUGUGGUAAGAGUGCUCCUCGGCCACAACGCUGCAGCAGACCGCAGUGGUCGUGCGGUGCGCCGUGUAGUCGUCUGCUGGGCUGCGGACGACACAAGUGUGCUGUGCCGUGCCACGCAGGGCCGUGCGCACCAUGCCCACGCCGCUCUGUACAACAGUGCCAGUGCGGCCGAGACAGCCAGGAGAGGGAAUGUGCGAGUCCUAACUGGCAAUGUGACCGAGCAUGUGGCAAGCAGUUGUCCUGUGGCAGCCAUGUUUGUGAGAGAGUUUGUCACGGAGGUGCCUGUGGUGAGUGCCCCGGCAUGUUGCCACGGACAUGUCCCUGCGGCAAGUCCACCUACGAGCUGGCUUGUACCCUAGAGCCGCCGACGUGUGGUGAUACUUGCGGACGAUUGUUGGACUGCGGCGUACAUCCGUGUUCACAAAGAUGCCAUCGUGAUAAAUGCGGAGUGUGUCUUGAACGUGUGGAGAAGAGAUGCCGUUGUGGACUGCAUACCAAAGAAGUUCCCUGUCAAAAAGAAUUUUUGUGCGAGACCAAGUGCAAAAGAAUCAAAGAUUGCAAACGGCAUCCUUGCAAUAGAAAGUGUUGUGACGGCAACUGUGGUCCAUGCGAGAAGCCGUGUAGUCGCACUCUGACCUGCGGCCACCACAAGUGUGCGAGUGUGUGUCACCGAGGCCAGUGCUACCCGUGCGAUAUCACUGUGCAAGUCAAGUGUCAUUGUGGCACCACUGCCAAGACUGUGCCGUGCGGUAGAGAGAGGAAAACUAGACCGCCACGCUGUCUACAGCCUUGCAGAAUCCCCCCGGACUGUCACCACGCGGAGAGAGACUUCCACUACUGUCACUUUGGCUCGUGCCCUGUGUGUCGUCAGAUCUGUGACCUGCCCCGCCAGAAUUGCCCCCAUCUUUGCCCCAAGCUGUGUCACUCGGCUGUGCUGGUCAAUGUAGCAGACAACAUCAAACCUGCCGGCCCCUGGGAGCUGGUUCAGCCCCAGCUAGAGUUGAGAGCUCUCCCGUGUGGGGAUUGUUGGGAAUCAGUCUCCGUCUCUUGUCUUGGAGGCCAUGAGGUGACCAAUGUGCCGUGCUACAGAGCCGUGCCGUAUGUCUGUGGCCGAGAGUGUGGCAGAUACUUGUCCUGUGGCAACCACUCAUGCAGCGCCGCUUGUCACCAAGUGCUCAACGCUCCUAGCUUGCAGGAGGCAGGCAGCAACUGUGAGCCUUGUGCUAGUCAGUGUACAUUCCCGCGGCCUGAGGGUUGCACUCACCCCUGCACUGCUGGCUGUCACCCUCCCCCCUGCGCCCCAUGUCAGGCCCUGACACGCCACCGCUGUCACUGCACCAUCAACCAGCUGUUCCUCAGGUGCGGAGAGUGGACCUCGGCCUCAGACUCUGAGAGAUCUGCAAUGCUGUCCUGUGGCAACCAGUGUCCCAAGAAUUAUGAGUGUGGCCACCGCUGCAGUCUGACGUGUCACGACGGGCCGUGUACAGACGCCGAGCUGUGCCGACGUAAGGUCAAGGUCACCUGUCCGUGUCGCAGAAUCAAACGUGAGGUGCAGUGUGCGACUGUGCGAGCCGGCCAGGCUGUGAUAGAGUGCGACCAAGUCUGUCAGGAGAAGGAGGUGCAAGAACUGCAGAAACGCUUAAAAGAAGAGGAAGAGAAAAGGCUCCAAGAAGAACUUCGUAACAAAGAAGAACUUGAGAAAUUUGAGAAGAAGAUGUCUGGCAAGAAGAAGCACAGAGAAAAGAAGAUAGUUGAUGAGAAGCCAGAAGUAUCUCUGUUGGCUCGACAUUGGUUGGUCGUGUCAGCUGUGGUAGCAGUCGGAGUCGCAGUAACUAUCGUGUCCAUGCUCAAUUAACGGCCUUCUGUUUUCUUAUGGUUGUAAUUUAUGUUAUUUAAUAAACAAGUAACACCCGA